UCUAGGCCUUUCCAUUGUUUGUAAACAUUGACCGGAAACCGACGCAUGCGCAUUUGCUGGUUGGCAAACGUCUGCUUUCAGCGCACUUUCUAAAUAGUAAAAUGGACUCGGACGAGCACUCGUACGCAAGAAGACGGCCGAUACUAUCCGUUAUUAAUCAAAUAUAUGAAGAGCAUUUGUAUUUUCCGAAGGCAAGUCGGUCGGAGUGUACAUCGUCAUACGUCAACCAACUUGAUCAGUUAUCGAGAGAAAGGUACAAUGACAAAUUAACAGUUCAAUUUCCAAACGGAACUUUACAGAUACCGGAUCCGUUCGGUGGAGGAUUGCAGUACAGUAACAACCCAACCUUGUGGCCUGAAAGCUUCGAGUAUGGCGACAUGUAUAAUUAUUUGAUUAAUUCACCUGGCCCAUACACUAAAGACUCAAUGAAAUCAUUUAAGUCAUUGGACUCCUACAGCUACUUCGUGAAUGGAUUUGUCCAGGCCAUACUGUAUUCUUCAGUAAGUGCUGAUAGCCCUGUGUGUAUACUUCGAAGCAGAGUCACUCAUUCACAGAGCUUGACCAAACCCCCUGUGAGUACCUGGAUUAUGAUCAACAAAUCCACAGGAUCAGUAGUUGCUGCUCACUGCAUGUGCAUGGCAGGGCUUGGAGAGGCAUGCAGCCAUAUUGCAGCAGUAAUGUUCAAGUUGGAGGCAGCGAACCGCCUAGGUUACACUUCACAGGCAUGUACUGAAAAGGCCUGUAGUUGGAACAAAGACUGCAUGAAUGGGAGGGACUUAGACCCAUGUACCCUUAAAGAUCUUAGCUUCACAAAGCCUAAACAUCAGUCAAGUCAAGGCCGGCAAGAAAAUAGGUCAGUACGCCCACUCAACCCUACAUCAACAGCCACUUUAGGAGAUCUUGAUUUAGAUGCAUUGAAAAGGGUAAGCCCAGAGGCAUGCAUUUUUUCACUCCUCCCUAAGCAAGAUGAAGACACUGACACAGCAUCAGAAAAUGAAAAUAAUGUAAAACUAGAGUUGCAGACAGAACUACCAACACCCUAUUGUCACCUUGAAGCAACUGAAGUUCCGGACCGUCAGCAAAUCUCUGAAGAGCAAGCAGAACUCAUUGCAUCAAGCACAUCUGGACAGGGAAAAUCGAACUUGUGGCACCUCUAUCGUUAUGGUAGAAUUACUGCAUCAGUACUGGGGUCUGUGGUCAAAUUCAUGAAUGGAUCGUCAAAGAGGGAUGUUUCUUCACUCUGCUCCAAAAUGCUUGGACUUAACUCGUUCUUUCCAACCAGGGCCAUGAAAUGGGGGAUUGAUCAUGAGUCAGUGGCCUUGGCUUCUCUGAAACAGUGUUUAGAGUUAGAGGGCCAUCAAAGUGUUACACUGUGGAAUGUUGGGCUCUACAUAGACCCAGAUUCACCAUUUCUUGGAGCAUCUCCUGAUGCCAUGGUCAGUUGCACAUGUUGUGGGGUGCAGUGUGUGGAGGUCAAAUGUCCACACAACAAAAAAAAUGCACACAACCUAGAUCCACAAAGUUUUGCUGGAGCCAAAGCCAUUGACUGUUUGAAUGUGACAGGGAAUGAACAAAAUUGUACAAUCUCUCUGAAGGAAAAACAUGACUACUUUUACCAAGUGUUGUGUCAAAUUGGUGUUCUAAACAAAUUGAAAAAUGUAUCAUCUGGGUUGUUUGUUGUUUGGACAUCCAAAGGAAUGUUUGUGCAGAAGAUUCAUCAUAAUGCAGACCAGUGGAAAGCAGUUAAGGAAUACAGUGAAUUGUUUUUUAAACAAUAUCUCCAGCCUUCAAUUGUAAAGAUUGCACAAAAGCCAGAGUUGUAGUUUUGGAUAGACUUGACUCAAGUCGGAAUUGCACUAAUUCGGUGUCUCAAAUUACCAAACACACUUAGUUUACAUCUUUCCAGAAGCAUGACAAGUAACACUAAACGCCCGUUUCACUUAAGUACAUGUAUAACAAUUAAAACAGUGCUUGCACAUAUUGUACGUCUACAUGUGUGGAUGUGCAUGCAUCAAGCACCAUGUACAUGUACGUGUA